ACCCAUAAUUUGGAUUCCGUCAAAAAGAAAACAUCGCCGCCGCCGCCGCCGCCGACGACGCCGACGCCGGUACGUGCUCGUGCCUGUCCGCCUCCUCCGCCCCUCGCAGAGCCCCCUGUCCCCUUCUCCCCGCACGGCUCGCCAGGCGCACCGACACGCCUCCAGUCCCCUCCCCUCCCCCGGCGCAGGCCGGAGCAGCCCGCCGCCUCCCAUCUUCUCCGGCUGGAACAGCGAUAAUCCAGGACGGCCACCAAGGUUGAUGCGGAGAUGAUCUCGUCGUGCCCCAUCUGCGGCCACCAAGUCCUGACGGCCGAGCUCGAACGGCACGCGAACAGCCACUUCGAUGAUGAUGAGGUUCAGAGGGACAUGGAGUUGGCGCAGCUAGCGAUGGCAGCAGAAUUGAGCACUAGUACUGUCGUGGAUGUACCUCAACAUAGCAAGCGGCCGUUCCCUAAUGACGAUUCUCUUGCUCAAGGGGCCUCAUCAAGCAUCGUCAGAGGCCCAUCUCCUUAUGAAAAUGUACUGUAUGAACAAAUUUCUUGCUUGGUCGGAGCACAGGUUAGAAGCAAAAUUCAACGAAUUGAAGCUGGCGUUAUGAACUUGUUGAGGAGCUGCCUUGAAUCUGAAGGCGGCUCAUCAACAAGUAUAAUAUCAGGCCAUGUUGACCAUCAUCAGAGUCUUUCAUCAGAAGACAAGGGAUGGGGAUGUGGGUGGAGAAAUAUCCAGAUGAUGAGCUCUCAUUUGUUGAGGCAAAGACCAGAAACGAGGGAGGUUCUGUUUGGCGGCUGUGGAUUUGUUCCUGACAUCCCUUCACUUCAGAGAUGGCUUGAGAUUGCUUGGGAUAAAGGUUUUGAUGCUGUUGGUGCACGUCAUUUCGAUAGCAAAAUUUAUGGUGUCAAGAAGUGGAUAGGAACAUCAGAAUGUGUUACCCUCUUGCGCUCUUUUGGUGUGCGUGCAAGGAUUGUAGAUUUUGAUAGCACCGAAUCAUCGAGCCUGCAAGGUAAGAGCGGGAAACGAGUAUGUGGGCCCAUGGAUAAGUAUUUGAUCAAGACUAAUCCUCUUCCAAGAUCAUCGUCUCUUGAACUUAGUCAAGAGGAUGCUGAAAACAUGAGAGGCCAGCAGGUCCUUGUCGACUGGGUAUGGAACUACUUUUCAAGCAAGCGUGCUGAUGUGUUACACAAUUCAAAGAAUGUCAUCAUCAGCGAUAAAACCCCAUUGUAUUUCCAACAUCAAGGUCAUUCGAGGACUAUAGUUGGGAUUCAAAAGCAAAAGGGUAACCGUGGAUCUCAAGACCGAUAUAACCUUUUGGUUUUAGACCCUGGCCAUAGAACCGCUGAUUUGGAGAGGUCUCUUACAACCAAAAAAGGAUGGCCGAGGCUUUUGAAAAGAGGUGUUCACACUCUCAGGAAACCACAAUAUCAGUUGUGCUACGUGGAUCCUGGAAUUGCUAAUUCAGAAGAAACAGAGCAGCUCAAGACUAUUGACAGUAUCCUGAUCAGGUUCUAGAACGCUCGUAUGUGCAACGGAGUAGGUGGAUCAGAAUCGACGAUCUACAUGAAAAAAAGAGCUUUUGUCCAUGUAUUAUGAAUCUGCUGGUGAUCUGUUGCAUUGGUGUUCUGUCUCAAGGCGUUUUCUUGUCACUUCUGAUGGCUCCGUGGCAACCUCCCUGGUGCUCAAAGGGAUGCCCUAGCUCCCCUCUUGCUCCGGAUUGUUCAGCUGGCCGUCGAUCAACUUGUUCUUCGAUGUAUAUUACACAGGGUCCCUUGGCGCCUCUACAAAGAAACUCUGCUUCAAUGUGGCUUGCCGCAGUUCGUGCAAAAAAUUAGAGCGAUGAUUCGGCUAGCCCUAUAUAUAGCUCCCAUCACCUGCUGUAUCUCCAACACAAUUUGUUUGGGAUGUAACAGUGACAGUCUUGUGUUGGUUUUACACACAUGAUUUUGCACAUCCAUUGGAAUU